CGGGCACGGCUCUAAUUACUCGCUGCUGAGGAGGCGAUGGCGAGCGCCGACGCCUGCUACGUCGGCCCGGUCUCCACGAGCCUGCUUGGCAGCGGCUCUCGCGGGCCUGUGCUGCUCGGCACUCUUGGCGGGACGCUUGUGGCUGUGAAGCUCAUCUUUGCUGACCCGGAGGCGUCGGCUCUCGAUGGCAUAUCCGCGUCCACCACCGUGUAUCCCAUCCCGCCCUUGCACGCGGUGGAGGAGCCUGCCGCCGCGCACGUCGCGAGGGUGCUGGCCCGCGGUUCUGGCGCCGAAUGCGAGGUGGAGGUGCGCGCGCUCGCAGAGGGCGGAGAGCUGCUCGACUUGGUGGCAGAGGAGGGCGCCCUGCCGCCGGAGGAGGCCGCGCGGUACACGAUGCAGGCCGCAAUCGCAGUGGCGCACAGCCACGCCGCCGGCCUCGCGAGUGGCCAGCUGAGGCUCGAGCACGUGCUGCGCGACGCGCGCGGCGACGUCCUCCUCAUCGGCCUCCGCCACCGCCUCGACCCGUCGGCCGAGCCGGGCGAGCAGCAGGCCGCCACUGUCGCGCGCGCCUCGCCACGCCCCCCCGCCCCUCCUCCCGCGCCGCUGCGCCCGGCCCGCGCCCUCGAUCCGCCAGAGUGGCACGCGGCGGGCGGGGUGCGGUCUGCCGUCUCGCGCGAAGAGCUCCCUCCGGCGGACGUGUGGGGGCUCGGACUGCUCCUGGCGACGCUGCUGCGUGGGCAGCCCCCUUCCGCCAGCGACGACUCCUGCCUCGCCCUCACCUCCUCCUUCGCCUCGGCGCGGCUGGCCGACCCGGAGGCGGCGGCGGCGGCGGCAGCGGCGGCAGCGGCAGUGGGGGCGGCAGGGGCAGCGGGGGCAGCGGGAGGGCGGGCAGGGACGCGGAGCAGCGGCGGCGCUGCCGGGGGCGCCCCGGCCGCCAGUCUCGCGCCGAGCCUCGAGCGGCUCGCCGUGGCGAUGCUCCGACCCGACCCGGCGCAGCGGCC